AUGGGCGAAGGUGACCUUGGUUAUUACCAAGCAUCAGUAUCCGUAUGUCCACCUGGAUCACAAACAGUUUUUCUUCUACAACAUAAUGCAACGAUUGGGAAACAGAUCCGUGUACUUCCAACAGCGGCCAUGGGUGAUUGUUCUGAACAUUGUGCAAGCUCAAAUGAUUGCACAGGAGUGGAAUUUCUGAACGGUAACUGCAAAGUAUUCGGUUCAGGAAAGGCAACACCUACCAAAGACGCUAAAGUGCUUACGAAAAACUGCGUCAAGAGCGAACGAGUCUGUUCAUCGCCAUUCCACUUUGAUAUGUUCGAACAGAAAAUUCUUGUCGGAUUCGCCAGAGAGGUGGUGCCUGCGGAGGAUAUUCAGGUUUGCAUGAGCGCUUGUUUGAAUUCUUUCGACACGUUCGGCUUCGAAUGCGAAUCAGUCAUGUUCUAUCCGGUGGAUCAGGAAUGUAUCCUGAACACUGAGGAUCGCCUGGAUAGACCUGAUCUUUUCGCUGAUGAAGUGGAAGACACCGUCAUUUAUAUGGAUAACAAUUGUGCUGGAUCUCAAUGCUACGCUCCAUACAUCACUCAAUAUAUUGCGGUUGAGGGAAAACAACUCGAGAAUGAACUUGAUCGUAUCAUAAACGUGGACGCUGAUUCCUGUCAAAGUCUAUGCACACAACGUUUAUCACUUACGGUGAAUGAUUUCAACUGCAAAUCUUUCAUGUACAACAAUCAGACACGAACCUGUAUUCUAUCGGAUGAACGAUCCAAACCGCUUGGACGUGGAUCAUUGGUGAAAACGGAUGGAUUCACCUAUUAUGAGAAGAAAUGUUUCGCAUCACCUAACACAUGUCGCAAUGUACCAUCGUUCACUCGUGUACCGCAAAUGAUUCUCGUCGGUUUUGCCGCUUUUGUCAUGGAAAAUGUCCCAUCUGUGACUAUGUGUUUGGACCAAUGUACAAAUCCUCCUCCUGAGACUGGCGAUAAAUUCGAAUGCAAGUCGGUGAUGUAUUACUACAAUGAACAGGAGUGUAUUUUGAACGCGGAGACUCGACACAGCAAGCCUGACCUGUUCAUUCCGGAAGGGGAUGAGUUCUUGGUCGACUACUUUGACAUUACUUGCCACCUGCAAAAGGAGAAAUGUCCAAUUGGCACACAUCUUAAAGCAGUAAGAACUGUAAAUGCGGCGCUUCCGGAGGGAGAAGGAGAUCUUCAUGUGCUCAAAUCUGCCGGCAAAGGAGUGAAGGCAUGCAUGAAGAAGUGCUCUGAGACUUCUCCUGAAAAAUGUCGCUCAUUCAACUUUGACAAGCACACUAACACUUGCAAUCUUCUCUACCUCGACGGCAAGAGCACUCUACGCCCGCAAAUACGUCAAGGAACGGAUCUCUACGAUAUGCACUGCCUUGCAGUGGAAGGCGAUUGCUCUAUCAACAAGGACGAGGCACUGUUCUCACGAUAUCUACACACGAAACAACGUGGAAUUGCUAGCAAGACGUAUAAGGUCGUUUCACUGACAUCCUGCCUGGAAGUGUGUGCUGGAAACCCAACGUGCGCAGGCGUCAACUAUAAUCGCCGCAUUGGUCAAUGUGAUAUGUUCGAUGCAAUCGACGGAGAUGCGGAUGUUAACGAGCAUGUCGACUUCUACAAGAAUCUCUGUGUGAUUAAGGAGACUGACAACGGAGUGUCAGCUGCCGCUAAUGUGCCGCCACAAACUCAUCGUAUGUCUGGAACCGUCACGAACAAGAAAGACGCCCGUGGAGAGCUUCUGGCUGCAAAGAAGAUCAAGCCCUCUAUCCGUGAACACGAGCACCGCCGUAAACCUGAAGCCACAUUGGCUAUUGGUCCUCCUGUCUCCAUCCCUGCCGAAGCUAUCCAAACUAUUUGUAAUUAUGAAGGAAUCAAGGUACAAGUCAACAAUGGCGCUUCCUUCAGUGGAGUUAUAUUUGUGAAGAACAAAUAUGACACAUGCCGAGUGGAGGUUGCUAACUCUAACUCUGCUACUCUGGUACUUGGACUGCCCAAAGACUUCGGAAUGCGUCCUAUAACAUUGGAUGAUAUGGAAGAUGGCACCACUGCAGCACCCAGUGAGAAAUCUACCGAGAAGCUUGAACUCAUCAAAGACGAACAGGACUUCCGUCACAAACGACAAGUUGAGAGCCGCGACUGCGGUUUAGUUGAUAUGCUGAACGGAACGUACAAGACUACGGUAGUGAUCCAAACUAACAACCUUGGCAUACCAGGACUUGUCACCUCAAUGGAUCAGCUCUAUGAAGUCUCCUGCGACUACUCCAGUAUGUUGGGUGGCAAAGUUCAGGCUGGGUACAACAUGACUGUCGUUGGACCUGAAGCUAACCUGAUCCAACCAAGAGGAAAAAUCGAGCUCGGAAAUCCAGUUUUCAUGCAACUAGUCAGCGGUGAAGGAGAACAACCAGUCGUUCAGGCAAAACUUGGAGAUAUUCUCGAACUUCGCUGGGAAAUAAUGGCCAUGGAUGAUGAGCUUGACUUCUUUGUGAAGGACUGCUUCGCUGAACCAGGUGUUGGUGCUAAGGCCGAAGAGAAAUUGCAGCUGAUUGAGGGAGGAUGUCCUACGCCAGCGGUCGCGCAGAAGUUAAUCCCAGGACCUAUUGAGGUUCAGUCUUCUGCUGUGAAGGUCGCUCGUAUGCAAGCUUUCCGAUUCGAUUCGUCGAGCUCAAUUCGUGUCACAUGCGAACUUGAGAUAUGUAAAGGAGAUUGCACACCGGUCGAGUGCGGACUUACUGAAGGUCAACGACAAUCGUGGGGACGCAAGAAGAGGGAAUCGGAGAAUUCCAUUACUGAGUAUGAAACGGCUCGAUACAGAGUGCCAAAACAUGCCAGAGCCACAACAUCGAUUGUGAUAAUCGAUCCGUUACAACAAAUCCAAGAGCCUGUGAGCCUUGCUCGUGCAUCGACUCUCGAUUUGCUGCGGGAAGAAGCCGAAGAUAUUGCUGUUGUGGCGUCUGGUCAGAUGUGCAUGGCAAAGCCAACGUUACUAGCUGUUUUCGGACUUUUGUUAACUCUCACUUCUGUGCAAGCCAUAGUGGUUUUGCAAUACAUAGUACGACGAGUAUGUCGUUCUAAAAACUGUAAUAUUUGA